AUGACAUAUACGCUGGAGAUGAAUGGGCCAUGCCUUAUGUCUCCGACUUCCAAUCGCCUGGUCACGAACACGUUCUCCUGGACGAGAAAAGCUAAUGGUAUCUGGAUCGAUACACCGGUACCUGCGGGGUUCAGCAUAGGAGCUGUGGAGAGUGGAUGGGAUAAUUUGAUGCAGAGCUUCGAGGAGUUCGUCAACGAAUUCUUCAAACAACAUCAAGAUCUCAACCACAACGUACAUCUGGUCGGCCUCUCGGCAUCGA